AUGAUUCUUGCACCUGUACAUAGCAUCUUUUUAUGUAAACCCGAGAUCAACCAACGACGCGCCCAGGCCUCAGCUGUCCUACAGUCCCUGUGGAAACCUCUCUGGCGACAUCGCCACAUCUCCCUGCAGACCAAACAACGAGUCUACAACUCCUCAGUUAUCUCAGUCCUCCUGUACGGCUCAGAAACCUGGGCAAUGAACAACACUCUGGCAGCCCGGCUCGACGGAUUUGACUCUCGAGCCCUGAGGAGGAUCACGGGCACCCGCUGGCACGAGCGCGUGCGCAACACUGAACUUAGAGAACAGACCGGGCAACCACCCGCCUCCUCCCUUGCAGCGAUGAGAAGGGUUCGCUGGUACGGGCACGUCCUCCGACUCCCUCCAGAGCACCCCACCAGAGCCCUACUUGAUUUUAACCCUAAGAAGGCAGGAUGGCGGCGACCAAGAGGGGCCCCCCGCACCCGCUGGAUGGAUGUCGUAACCCGUGACCUGCAGAGCAUUAACAUCACUCUCCACCAGGCGCAGCAAGCAGCCACGAACAGAGGAUGGUGGAGAACCAUAAAUAUACAUGUGUAUUGCAUUACCCCUACCUCAGCUGACGAAAACGACACAGAAGCCGACAAGCCCCAAGAUUGUCAGGACAUCCUCGACAACGACGAGACCACGCCCAGCGGCGUGUACAUGGUUUAUCCACGGGACAACCUGGGCGGCUUCCUGGUCUUCUGUGAUAUGGACACGGACGGAGGCGGCUGGACGUUGUUCCAGAGACGCCAAGACGGAACAGUGGACUUCUUUCGGGGCUGGGCGGACUACAAGACCGGCUUCCCUUCCAACCUGAACGGCGAGUUCUGGCUGGGGAAUGACAACUUGUACCGCCUGGCCGUGCAGAAAGUCUACCAGCUCAGGGUGGAUAUGGAGGAUGUGGAGGAGAAACACGUGUACGCGGCUUACAGCACGUUUGUCAUCUCGCCUGAAUCCCAGAACUACAAACUCCACAUCGGGACUUACAGCGGUACUUCAGGGAAUAGCCUGACGGGCCAUGACGGGAAACCAUUCAGUACCAAGGACAGAGACAACGAUGAGGACUCUGUCAACUGUGCUCAGUCGUACAAAGGUGCGUGGUGGUACGUUGAUUGCCACUCCUCCAACCUGAACGGGCUGUACCACCUGGGUCCUCAUGAGAGUAACGCCGACGGCGUCAACUGGAACCGCUGGAAGGGUUACAACUACUCCUUGAAACGCACGGAGAUGAAAAUCCGACCAGCUCCAUAAUUUCUUGCAUUUUAUUGUAUCUUUUUCAUGCCACUGAAACAGAUAUGAAUACUGUCAAUCCCAUCUGCAAGAUGGACUUUGCUCUUUUUUGGCUUUACUUGUAGUGUCAGUGAUCAUGACUUGCAAGGCUGUUCUAUUCUUUUCAUAGAAUUAAGAAUACACAUAGUGCUUAGCAGAAGUACUCACCAAUAUCUCUCAAUGGUAGCUUUGAUUUCCCACAUACGAGUUCAUUGUUGAUACCUGCAUUAUGAUAACUCGUCACUGGAGGGCGCCGUUUUACAUGCCGUGACAACGUUACAUUGUGACAAGUGUGAACGUUGCAUGCGUAUCAGUCCCAACAGAAUGUCCAUAUUAGUCAGCGAACACCACAAAUAGAUACGUCUUGUU